AUAACUUUACGCUGAGAAGCCGUCGGUGGCGCAGACCUUUCUGGUUAUGUCCCGGUCUCGGCAGGGGCGCAGGUUUAGUCUGCAGCGGCGAGACCAGGUCUGGGAAUGACUACCCAGAAAUGUAGGAAAAUUAGAACAAGGCGGCUCCCGCCUUUUGGUGAUAACGAAGUUAGCCCAACAGGUUACACCGCUCUGAUUUCUUUGGCAGCGUUCGUAUCCUACAAGUGUCUACACGUGGGACCUGGCUGUCUAUAAACUCUACCCAUUUCUGUUCAAAUAUCUAGAACCUGAUACAAUAUACUUAUAUAUAAAAUUGUUGCAAUAUUCCCAAGUGUAUGUACGACAGACCCACCCGAGCCGACCCCUGGCAGGGGUUAAACAAAUCAAAAGGACAGUCCAGAGACGACCUGGCCGGCUCCUCUCCCCGGCGCGCUGACCCCGUCGACACCAACACGUCCCGCCCCCCUCGCUGGAACGCGCACUCAUGCCCACCAGCUCCACUCACCCCAUAUAUCCCAACCAGGGGAGGUGCGGCGAAGUAAUUGUGACCAGCCCGCGCGCUUUAUACCUGAGCACGUCCCGAACGCGACGACUCUCCGGCAGGGGGAAAGGAGAACCUGAGCGGAUUAAUUCCCGGGUAUCGGAGAGCACGGGGGCAUCAUUGGUAGACGGCGCUUGCAGUGAUUAGUCGUUCGUCGUGUCAGGGAGACAGAUAUAAGCCGCGACCAUGCGGACUCGGACCGUCUUGUUGCUACUCUUUGCUGUGGGAGGGGUGAUCGCUCUUGGCCUGAGCAAACCCUUGAGGAAAUCCCUGAGAAAAAGGGACUUGGACACAAACCAGGAGAGCGGACACACGACCGGUGAGGCCGUUGCUAGGGCGGUAACGAAGGAUGACACGCCUGGGACGUCCCGGGAGGGGUCAGGUGCGGCAGACGAGGGGUCAGGUGACGCGUCUGAGGGAAGUGGGACAGAAGGAUCGGAAGAAGACGGACCAGAAGGAUCGGGAACUCUUCAGGAAGGGUCGGGAGACCCAGAAGGGUCGGGGGAAGUCUUGGAAGGGUCGGGAGACGUACUGGAAGGGUCGGGAGUUGAUCUUGAAGGUUCGGGAGAAGCACCUGAAGGAAGCGGGGCGGAGAUACACGAUGGAAAGGACACACAGGUACCUAAAGCAGAGGAGCUAGUAACUCCUGAAGAUGCGGAUGGUACAGAUCAAGAUGGAAAAGAUGGCGUGACGCCCGAGGGUGAAGAUGGUACGACGCCCGAGGGUGAAGAUGGACCGACGCCUGACGGCGAAGACGGUACAACGCCCGAGGGUGAAGACGAUGUGACGACCGAGGGUGAAGAAUUACCAACCGCCGAGACGCCCGAGGUCAAAAAAGAUGUGCCGACCGAGGGUGAAGAGGGACCAACGCCCGAUAGUGAAGAAGGUAGAACGUCCGAGGCUGAAGACGGUCCAACCCCAGAAACGACCGAGGGCGAAGAUGGACCAACGCCCGAGGGUGAAGACGGCGUGACGCCCGAGGGCGAAGACGGUUCAAUUCCAGAGAUGCCCGAGGGUGAAGACGGUACAAUACCCGAGGGUGAAGAUGGACCAACGUCCGAGGGCGAAGACGGUGCGGGGCCUGAGGCUGGGGAAGGUCCUACCCCUGAGACACCCGAGGGUGAAGGCGAUGUGACGCCCGAGGACGGUGAUGAUGAAGCAGAUGCAGAACUUCCGACGUCCGAGAGUGCAGAAGGCGUGAGCCCCGGCAGAAAGGAUGGCACAGCGUCUCAAGUUGGAGACGACACCACAUCCGGCGAAACCGUUCCAACAUCAAAGAGCGCUGAUAUUAAGGGUGAAGACGACACAGUGACGGACGAUAGUGGCAGCCCGAUGCCAACGGAUAUCAGUGCUGUAGAGCACGAUGGCAAAGCGACCGAUGGAAAAGACGCUUAUGACAUAGAAAGUCCCACGCCCACUGCUCAGCCUGAAACCGAAGACGAUGCGACCAAGGAAGAUGAAGACGACGCAGCAUCUAAGACGAAAGAAGAGAAGACUCCCGAGGCUGUGGGAACUCCAGACGUCCAUGAAGGCUCGGGUGCCGAGCCCGAAGGGUCAGCAGAGGGAGCUGAAGGAAGUGGAGUGGAGGAGGAAGGCUCCGGAGUAGAGAUGGAGGGAAGCGGCAUAGAAGGAUAUGGAGAACACGAGGGCUCCGGUGUGGAGGAGGAGUCAUCGGGAGCUGAAUUAGAAGGAAGCGGAGCAGAAACAGCUGAUGAAAAAGACGCGAAAGUUUCUGAUACAGACGGAUUGGCUCCAGAACAAGAUGAGGGUCUGACGCCCGGUGGUGACGACACAACAGCGCCCGAACCUGGAGACGGUUUGACGCCUGAGGAGGAAGACGAAUUAGAACUUAGUACCGCUUUUCCUAUUGACGGGGAAACGCCCAAGGCCGAGGAUAUAACAGCACCGGAAGACGAAAAUGGUCCUACUCCACAGACUGAUUCUACACCCCAGCCUUACGACGAGAAACCAGAGGGCCAGGAUGGCGCGCCAAGCGAAGAGAAAGACGCUGACACGACCGAGGGUGAAGAAGACGCGUUUCCGGUGGCAGAAGCCAUAAAAGUACCAGAGGGUGAAGAUGGCCCUACGCCAGAGACUUUCGAAGAUGCGACGUCACAGCCAGACGACACAACAUCUGAGGGAGAGGGUGGUGUAACAGAUGAAGGGAUAGACACCGAGACAUCCGAAGGCGAGGAAGAUGGGAUACCAAGGGCUGAAGGCAUAACAGAGCCCGAGGGCGGAGAAAGUCCUACAGCAGAGACAAUCACAGACACAACAUCCGAGCCGUCAGACGCAGACGCUGAAGGGCGAGACGCAGAGACGAUGCCUGAUGAGGACGAAUUUCCGACGCCCGAGACCAAGGUAAGCACAAGGCCUAAAGACAAAGACGAAACAAAGACUGAAGGAGAAGCUGAUUCUGCUACCAAGGAUGGAGAAGGCUCAACAGCACGCCCUGCAGAUGGUAAGGAUGGACAAGAGGCAGUGAAGGAAGAUGGGUCUGUUCCUGAUGGUCAAGAUGCAGUAACAACAGAAGCUGAGGAUGAAGAAAGUGCGACAUCUCAGCCUGAAGAUGGAGUCAGUCCCGACGAAGAGGACAGCCCGACUGUGGAGACCUCAGACGAUACAGCUACAGAAGACAAAGAUGACAAGCUAACUGAAGAUGAUACAAGGGCUGAAGACGAAGAAGGCACCGCCACAGAAGAAAAAGUCGAAACAACGCCGAAAGAAAAGGAUGAUAAGGCGCCCAAGGGAGAAGAACCUGCAGCGGUCCAUGAAGGCUCUGGCUUUGAGGAAGAGGGAUCAGCUGAAGGAAGUGGGAUAGAGGAUGAAGGAUCUGGAUUGGAAGGAAGCGGUGUGGAAGGAUCGGGAGAACACCCUGAGGGCUUGGGCGUCGAGGAAGAGGCAUCAGGAGCAGAACUAGAAGGGAGCGGAGAAGCUGCCGAUGGAAAGGACGUAAAGAAGACCGAGGUCACGAAAGGUCCCACGACGGAUGGUGACGUCAGCGUAACGCCCCAGCCUGAAGACAUCGUGAUGCCAGAUGAAGAGGAUGAACCGACGGCUUCUUCUGAAGACGGUGAGGCACCCGACACUUCAGACGAUACCACGACGGAGGGGGAAGACAAGACAAAAACUACGUCUGAAGACGACGACGUACCCGACACUACAGACGCUACUACAGUAGAUGGAGAGGAAGAAGACAUGCUUGAGGAGGAUGAACUUCCAACAUCAGAGAGUACAGAUGGCGCAAAGCCUGACAGUAAAGACUCCCAGACAACCACAGAUAAGGAAGAGGAAACACGUAAGGAUGGGGAAGUCCCGACGUCAGAAGCAGAAGAUGCUGCUAAGCCAGAGGAUGGCGACGGUAUAGAUACAAUCAUCGUGGAGACGCCCACAGAUCAAGUCGGUCCGACUCCAGCAAGUGAAGACGAUGAAACACCGGAAGACAAAGACGAGGGAGAGCCUGUUGAAGGGGAAGGACCUACGGCUGAUGACGCUACGACAGAUGACAGUGAAGAUGACGUAAUCCCAGAAGAGACAGACGACACAACACCCGAGCCGAAGGAUGCUACGACGACGGAAGGGGAGGGACCCAUAGAAAUCCCUGAAGGCUCCGGGAUCGGAGAGGAGGGUUCUGGAGUAGACCACGAAGGUUCAGGUGACAGGGAAGUAGGGUCGGGAGACAGGGAAGUAGGAUCGGGAGAAGACCUUGAAGGCUCCGGCGUCGAGGGGUCUGGGCAGGUUCAAGUGAGUCCGGACAAAAAGGAAAAAGCACCAGAACAAGAAAAAGACAGAACAGGAGAAGAAACCACCGAUGAGAAGGACGGAAAGACACCCGACAAGGAGGACGGGUUCAGCUUUGAAGACGAAGGCCCCACGGAGUCAACAGAUGUCAUCUACACAACGCUCCAGCCCGAAGAUGGUCUAGGUCCAGAGGAUGAAGACAAGUUUCCCGACGCAGUUAGAACUGUUGAUGGGGAAACCGGGGAAGAUGAAGGUCCCAUUGCAGAGCCUGACGUUGGUGAGGUCAAGGACGACAAGACAACUGAAGAUGAAGACGGUCCAACGCCGGCAGGUGAAUACAGUGUGACGCCCUUGAGUGAAGUGGGUGAAGUACCGGGUGUGGAUGACGAGGAUACGUUCGACGAGUUUCCCACUCAGGAAAGUACAGAUGUCGCCAAGCCAGACAGCAAAGACGUUGUUUCCAUACCGACAGAAGAAGACGGCGCAACACCUGAAGACACAGAAAUACCCACGGUACAGGCGGAAGAUCUUAGAGCUCCUGGCAGUGAAGAUGCUGCCAAAGAAGAUGACAGAGAUGACUCAGCACAGACAGAAGACGACGGUGUAUCACCUGAAGACAUAGACGGUCCCACUGCUGAGGAGGCAGACCUUCCCACUCCUGAGAGUGAAGAUGGUAGGAAAGCUGAGGACAGAGAGGAAGAUACAACUGGGGAAGAGGUCAGCCCGACUUCCAUUUCAGAGCCUGGCGAUAAAGAUGACACUGAACCAGAAGGCAAAGACGACACAGAGCUCAAAGAGAAGGAUGAAAAGACUCUGGAGAAGGAAGAAGCGAGUAAAAUCCACGAAGGUUCCGGUGCUGAGCCUGAGGGUUCAGCAGAAGGAAGUGGGGAGGAAGGCUCCGGAGUAGAGACGGAGGGCAGCGGUAUAGAAGGAUCCGGAGAAGAACACGAAGGCUCGGGCGUCGAAGAGGAGGCUUCCGGAGCAGAACUGGAAGGAAGCGGAGCAGAAACUGCUGAGAGAAAGGACGGAAAAAUAUCUGAAACUGGCGGUGUGCCAUCGACAGAAGAAGAAGGUGUAGCACCAGACGAUGACGCCAGCACGACGGCCGAGCCCGCAGCUGAGGUGCAGCCUGGGGAAGAAGACGGCGUGACAGCAGAAGGAGAAGAUGAGGAAACGGCCGAGGAGGAGGAUGCAACAGGCGCAAAACCGAAGGAGGAGGAUGACACCGCAGCCGAGGCGUCAGGUGAUAGGAUUCCCGAAGAAGAAGGAUCGGCAGAAGUACCUGAAGGCUCCGGAAUAGAGGAGGAGGGGUCAGCUGAAGGGAGUGGAAUAGAGGGAUCCGGAGAGGACCACGAAGGAUCAGGUGUCGAAGAGGAAGAGGCUUCCGGAGCAGAACUUGAAGGAAGCGGGGCGGGAAAAGCUGAAGCCGGUUUGAAACCUACAGACGAGGACGCCUUCCCUGAGGCGAUCAAAACUGUAGAAAAGACAGAGAAAGAUGCCGACUCUGAGGUUACAGACAAGGGUACAGAAGACGUCACCAUGGAAGAAGACGAAAUUCCAACACCCGGCGCUGACGAGGAUGGUAAACCUAAAAGCACAGACGACGUCACAAUUGAAGAAGAAGACGAAAUUCCAACAGACGCAACUGAAGACGCUGCCAAGCCGGUGGAUUCAGAUGACGUCACAGCGGAAGUGGAAGGCCCAACACCUGUUCCUGAUGACGCGGACAUACCAGAACGUACGGAUGACGUCUCACCGGAAGAAGACGAAAUUCCAACAGGUGGCCCAGAAGACGCAGACAAGACUGAAGAUACAGAUGACACCACAAGGAAAGAAGACGAAGGACCAACUCCUGGUUCAGAAGACGCUGCAACACCUGAAGACGGAGGAGACGACGUCUUCCCGACCCCCGGGACUAAAGAUGGCGCGAAGCCUGUCAGUAAAGACGACUUGAUGACAGAUGGGGAAGGUCCGACUUCAAAGCCUGAAGAUGCCGAAGACGCUGAUACAACUGGGAGGGAAGACGGGGCAAUCCCUGAGGAUGAAAUCCUUCCGACUCCAGAAAGCAUAGAAGGCGCAAAACCUGCCGAUAUUCGGACAACCGAUAGAAAAGACGAAGACAUACCUGAAGGUGAAGAUGGCCCCACACCGGAGAGUAAAGCUGAUACGCCAACAGAAGAGAAAGACAAGAAGACGUCAGAUGAAGAUGACAGCCCUACGCCUGAAAGUGAAGAUGCUAAAAGACCAGAAGGUGAAGACGACUCGACAGCGAAGGCGAAGGAUGAGACCCAGGAGAAAAAGGGCCCAACAGAGCCCCACGAAGGGUCCGGCGUAGCAGAGGAGGGAUCUGCUGAAGGCAUUGAAGGGAGUGGGGUAGAGACGACCGAAGAAGGGUCAGGCGAAGGAUCCGGAGAAGAACAUGAAGGCUCAGGUGUCGAAGAAGAAGCCUCAGGAGCAGAAAUAGAAGGAAGUGGGGCAGAAGCUCCUGAUGGAAAAGACACAACGGUGACUAAGAAAGAUGGCGUGACUUCAGAAGACGGAGAAGAAUCGAUUCCUAAGGCUGAAGAUAUUACUGUGCCUGAAGAUGAGGAGGGUCCGACGGACGUCGGUGACGUCGACGCAACACCCGAGCCUGAAGUUGGUUUAACACCUGGAGCUACAGACGGUGAGACAACCGACGAGACAAGAGAAGACAAACCUGAAGAUAAAGAUGGUGACGUGGAAAAACUUAAAGAAGAUGGUGUAACACCCGACGAAGCAGGAACUGAAGAUGGCCCAACGUCCGAUGGUAAAGAAACUGAACUAGAGGAGGAAGAGACAUCUGAGGCUGACGUCAGUCCUACUCCAGAGACUGAAGAAGACGACGGAAUGCCUGGAGAAAAGGACGGCAUUAAGACUAAGGAUGGAGACGCUCCCACAGAAGAACCGGGCGAGGAGGAUGGUACAGCAGAAGAUGCUGGUACAGAGUCACCAGGAGAUACAUCUGAUGGAGAUGAAACUACGGGUACGGAGGCACCAGGAACAGACACUGCGGCAACGAAAGGAGGCGACGACACCGCAGAGGGAGCCGGAGAAGGGGAGGUUGCUCCGGAGGAACCGGAGCCAACGGAGGGAGGAGAACCCACGGAGGAGGCACAAGGAGGAGGUUAUGCCACUGCGCCAGCGGAAGACGAAGAAGACACAUCUGAAGCCGGCGAUGCUGCCACCAAAGAAGACGACAAACCUACACCGGGUGAUGGAAAGGAGGAAUACGAAGAACCAACGGAUGUAACGGCAGAUACUACAGAGAAAUCUUUGAAACGCGACGGAGAUGCAACGGAAGGUAUCGAUAAAACUGCGGAAAGUGCCGAAGAUGCAACAAAAAGUGCCGAAGGAACACCGGAAAGCGCCGAUAGUGCAACGGAAGGUGCCGAAGAAACACCAGAGGACACAGAGGAUACAACGGAAGCUGCAGAGGAUCGGACUGAGUUAGAGGAACCUACUGUAGACUCUUCUGUUAAAGAUUCUGAAACCGACGACUCAAGACCAAAAGACAUUACAAGACCAGAUGGAAAUAAGACGAGAGAAGAUGAUGACGAUUCCGGAAUGAGCGGAGGCGUGGUACCUGAGGAUUCAGACCCCGCCGGAGAGGAGUUAGGAUCAGGGGAUGUCGGGUCGGCGGAAGGACCUGUGGAGGGUUCUGGGACGGAGGGAUCACCGCAGGGGGGCCCAGAGGAGGGGUCAGGUUUCGACCACGGGUCAGGUUUCGGGCAUGACGCGGACGGUUCUGGUUCGGGUGAUGACGCGGGGUCCGGGAUGUGGGAGGGGGAACAGCCGGUGAAUGACGGUUCCGGGGAUUUCCCUGUGCUGGAGAAGGUGUUGGAACACCUGGUGAGGCAGAACGAUGAGCUGGACCAGCAGAGCAAGUCCAUCGAAGCGCUUAAGGACUCCUACGUGAAGAAGGAAGAAGUGGCCGAAGUUGUUCAGACUCUGUUGGAUGAGAUUCUCGCCUCCGACCAGGCCCGGACCAGACGACGCAGAGCUGUAGGCCCGUCUGGCGAUGCCAGCCUGCCCUGGAACUAG